AUGACAGAAUUCUCCCACAGUCCCCCCUCUGACCACACAGACCUCCCCCCUCACCACACAGACCUCCCCCUCUGUCACCGCUGGAGCUCUGACCACACAGACUCCCCCCUCACCACACAGACCUCCCCCUCACACACGACUCCCCCUGUCACCGCUGGAGCUCUGACCACACAGACCUCCCCCCUCUGUCACCGCUGGAGCUCUGACCACACAGACCUCCCCCCUCUGUCACCGCUGGAGCUCUGA